UGCAAAUGCAACACAGCCAUCAAUAAAAUUAAAAAAGCAAAAGCUAAGGGAAAAAAAGAACAUGGAAAAAGCCAAAAAAAGAAACAAAAAAUAAUCAUGGACAGCCUUACCGCAUGCCUGUCAGUCAGCUUCGAUUACUGUGACACUUCCUUCACAAAGCUUACGAAGAGAUGAUAUUCUUCGAUUAACCAAAAAGAUAUCAGCAAGAAAAAAAGAGAAAAAAAAAAACAGGCUAAGAACAUUCACCAUGUAAAGUUACGAAAACAGCCCAUGUUUUGUUUCAUCAACAUCGGUCUUUUCAAAAGGGUGUUUCUGUUUUUGUUUACUGCUGUUAAUUAAGUAAAUAGCAGCGGGAGGAGUAUUUUGUUUUUCAACUUUUUUGGGAUCCUGUCAUGUGGGCUUUUUUUGAGGUAUUUGUUUGUACUGAAGUCAUAAUAAAUUCUUCAAAUGGGGCUAAGUUCACUUUUAUGUUUUCUGUUCUGUAAAAUCCCAGUUAAGUGGUUCCCCUGAUGCUUGACAUCUAAGCUCUUUCCAAUCAUUUUCAUAGGGGUUCGGGACUCAUUAAUUGAAGAGUAUGAUGGGAUCUCAGUGAACUCCCAGAUUGCCCAGUUUUAUCGCUGAGUCUUUGAUGUUUUCUGGGGGCUUCCAAGGUUCCAACUUUCUCAAGCUCUGUUUUGUCAAGACUCCAUUUUUGUGCUUCUUGAGGUCUGGUUUCUUUAAAUAGAGGGCUUUUUUUUUUUUACUGGGAAUUAUUUUUGUCUCCUUCCUUUGAAGGGGAAGUUGGUCUGAAUUGCCUAUGAAUUUCUGUUCUAUAGAUUACUAGUAUGGAUUCAAUGAAUUAGCAUCUGGAACUUUUCCUUUUUGCAUGUCUUUCUUUCUUCUUUCUUUUGGAAUUAUGUUGUAUACUUUUUUCUUAGCAAAUAGUCUUAGGCUCAAAUAGUUUGAAGCACACCAAUUAAUAAGCUUCUAGUUUGAUCAGUGAAUGUGUUUUAUAAAAGGAUUUGGGUAUAGUUUUGCUAUCUGUGCAUUGUAACUACUGUAGAGUUACCUUAGUUUUUGGUUAAAAGCUAAGUAUGGCAGAAAUUAGACUUCCAAAGUUAGAGCAGGGUCAAGCAAAGAUUAAAAGUGUACCCAUUGCUGUAACUCCUGAGGGUUUUUGGUGCUGCCCUUCCCCUGUUGGGUUCCAGAAGGCCACAAAGACCCAAAAUCCCCUUAACAAACCAAAAUCAUCCAUUCCAUUACCGAACAAUACUGCUGUUCAGAAGAAGCAAAUUCCAGUAACUGAGAAAACUGAGAAAAAGCAAGCCCCCUCGGCGCCGAAACCAAGCAGUGUUUCCAGUGACCAGAAUGAUCACAACUCUGAUGCAUCACUUCCCAAUGCAUCAGCUACAGCAGAGAGAACACCGCGGCCGAAGACUGAAAAUGUGACAAGGAAGGUGUCAAUUGAGUUCGGUGAACCUGGAACCAGCGAUUUGAAGUUGAUGAUACUUGGGAAACAGGGGUUUUCAGUGAAGUUGAGUGUCCAUAGGAGUAUUUUGAUUGAGAACAGUAGCUUCUUUGCCAGCAAAAUCUCAGAGCAACAGCUUGUUUUUCCGUGUCUUGAAAUUGACGAUUGUGAUGAUGUGGAAAUUUAUGUUGAAACUAUUGGCCUGAUGUACUGCAAAGACUUAAAGCAGCGGUUGAUCAAGCAAAGUGUUUCUCGUGUACUUCGGAUCCUCAAGAUUGCAGAACAACUUGGCUUCGCAUCAUGUAUGCAAUCUUGCUUGGAGUACUUGGAAGCUGUCCCUUGGGUUGGGGAAGAGGAAGAAGAUAAAGUAGUCACCUCGGUAUUACGCCUGCAGGGUGAGGGAAUUGGAGUUACCCCAGUCUUGAAACGGGUAUCAUCAGAUAUUUCAAAGCCACCUAAAGAUACACUAACUGAAAUUUUAGAGUUGGUGCUGAAGAGUAAUGAAGAGAGAGGCCGCCGUGAAAUGAAAUCCAUUGUGCUGAAACUUCUUAAGGAGAGUAACCAUCUUCCGUGCAGUUCAGGUUCAGUCGACAUGUGUAAUGAGAUAAUUUAUAGAUCGUGUAGAAGCUGCUUGGAUAUGUUGCUAUCAGCAUUCAGGCAAGCUACUGAAUCUGAGAUUAGCAGUAAUUCUACUGAUGGCAGAGAACCGAUUCUUAAGCAGAUGUCUCUAGGGGCAGAUAACCUUGCAUGGUUGCUUGAGAUUUUAGUUGACAGGCAGGCAGCGGAUGAGUUUGCAGUGAUGUGGGCUAGUCAACAAGAACUGGCCAACCUUCAUGCAAAGCUUCCUCUUAUGUCUCGAUACCAUGUUAGCUGUAUUACAGCGAGGCUAUUUGUUGGAAUAGGAAAAGGGGAGCUUCUGCCAUCAAAGGACAUCCGUCACACGUUAUUACAAACUUGGUUACAACCAUUAAUUAAUGACUAUAGUUGGUUACAACACGGCUGUAGAUCCUUUGAUCGGCGUGUUGUGGAGGAAGGAAUUGGCCGGACAAUACUCACACUUCCUCUGGAAGAACAGCAGAAUAUCCUGUUGAGUUGGUUAGGCAGUUUUCUAAAGGCUGGUGAUAGUUGUCCAAAUCUUCAGAAAGCCUUCGAGGUCUGGUGGAGAAGGACUUUUGUCAAGCCAUAUGCUGAGUCAAUUCAUCUCACCCAGCCAGAUAGCUCAACAACAUUGAAAGUGGUAGAGAAAUAGACACUUGUGCUGGUAUCAAUAUGCUUGGUGAUUUCCAUAGUUUUAACCACGACAGUUUCAAUUAUGUGGUGAAACCGCAGGCAUUGUGAAAUAGUGUUCUUCGUCAGGGUUGCCUGCUGGAGUUGACGUUUGAAGGGAUACAUGAAUCUCAUUGUUACGUGUGAUGCAACGCAUCAGAUCAUUGAGAUGAGUUAUGUUGAGCUCGUGUUCCAGGAGUGUUUUAAGUUUGUGAAAGUGUGGAUUGUUUGGUUUAACUUUCACGUAGGAGUGUUGAUACAGUUAACACUAUAGUCUGUAUAAUGUGAAUCUCUUACCAAAUUGAGAUAUCAGUGAUUGAAAUUUCUUCUGCUAUUCCAAGGUUGGGUAAUUUGUUUGGCUGGAAUUAAUGCUGGUCCGAUGAACUAAAAAUCGUGAUCAAUCUCACCGUAAUGUUCUCCAAUAUUGUGCUGAAAUGCAGAUAAUGCAAUUCGUAGGGCUAGUAAACAUAGCUGGAGAACACAACCUCGGAAGGUAAAUGCAGCUAAAAGAACAGAGGCUAUAAUGCGAGAGUGGAGUAUAUCUUACCACUUCUCAAGAAAAUAGACAAUCUAGAAGUAGCUUUUCACUGCAAUGGUUUAGAGUUCUUACAAUUAUGUACCAUAAGUAUUUGAUUCCAUGUGGAUAGUAAACACAGUAAUGGUUUUUAUUACCAAAAUUAUGAAGUUGAUAUAAUGCAGCAAUCUGGGUCUUGAGGACUUAGACCAGCAAGUCAAUUUUGAAGUAAAAAUUAUUAUAUCAGACAAUCUAAAACCAG